AUGGAUGACGACGUCCCUGAAGAAAGGGGAACGGCGGAGCUCGGAGUGCGGGUGAGCGAAGCGCUCGCCAAACUCGAGGCCAUCGCACGGUUUCAAAAGUUCUUAGACCACAUCCACUACAUUCAAGACAUGCUAGUGACCUGGCCGAAAAAGGUCUACGACACCGCUUCGACCAAAUUUGCAGCUGCAUGGGGCAAGCACGCGGAUGCAAAGGGGGCUUUAUCGGUACGCACUCAGGCGGAACAUGGGUUCAAGAUCGCCCGAGACUUGAUAAACGAGCGCGCGCCUCUAUCUGAUCUGGCCAAGCACGACAUCCCGCCAGACAUCUACAAGGAGCAGCUUAGGGUACACAACAUUCGCAACCGCUCUACCAUUAAAUACAAGGAUACUUUGGAGAAGUUGAGUCUGGGUGACGCGUACGAGAAGCUCUACUUGCUCGAAUACAACCCCCACCUCCACGAGUUGCACAUCACGAUUUAUGAUUCAUGA